AACUCUAACAACCGUCACAUCAUCACACGAAUGUCCCAGUUGAAGACUCUUGAUGCAUUUACCAGCCUUUGGCCGAUAAAGAGAAAUCUUGAGGCUCGCGUAAUCGAGAGCACUGAACGGUACUACCGUAAGGUGGACACCGAAUAUGCGUCUGCCUCCGGCCAAAGGACAGAACUUCAGCUGAUCUCCAAUCAAGCGGAAGCUUGCCCUGGCGCUGUACCUGGCAAUCCAUGGAAGGACCGAGACGGAAAGACGCUCAAGGACUACGACUACUACGUUCAAGUCCAUAUCCGUCGCGAACAAAAUGCUACCGUUUAUCUCCUAGACUACAUGGAUAGUGUCCCUCCUGGGGAGACAUCAAAUGCUCUUGGAAAGCUGGCCGAUCUGCACCUUCGAUUGGCUCUCUUCAGAGAGCACGUUGCAGCAUCAUGGGCCGGGUCCGAUAGAUAUGAAUACUUGCUCCAACUCAUCAUCUAUAUCAACAACAUCCUGAACGAAGUAUGGAGUGACUUUUGGAAUACGUGGUAUUCAAAGCCCACGGAGAUGUCACUUGAUUUUCGAAGUCGGACGUUAGAGGGCUUUCUUGCUCUUGAUGUCCGUGUAGGACAUUAUUUACCAGCAUUGGCACGGGCUAAUGCUCAUGGCGUCAGUCUAGAGCCGCCCUUAUCAGACGAAGAACGUGGGAGGUUCCUUAGUUGGGCGGGAAUUUUCCAAUGGCCGACCCAUUGGGAAACUCACCAUCCAGUAUCCAUGCGAAAUGGAAAACCCUGGUGGAACAAACCAUAUAAUCCUAAAGAAUGUCGCGUUUUGCAGGAGGAUCUGGCAGUAGUGCCCGUUCUUUCGCAUAUCGAGGUAGCUCGGAUGAAGACUACCUUUUCCCAGCACUAUACCGCUGUUCAGAAAGCUACGACAUCAUUGCGUAAGUUCAAAGCCAAAGGUGCUGCCAUUACUAAGACAAAGGCAAAGCCCAAGCCAAAAGCCAAGAAGGCUGUUACUGGCUCUGCGAGGAAGCAGCAGAACAAUGGCUUGGAUUCUACGCCGCCGGCUUCUCGUUACAGUCAGCGUUUGCGGGAUGGUUCGCGGGGGCCACCUUCAGACAGAAGUCGAGACAGCUCUUCCACCCCUUCUUCCCAUGCCCGACCGCUUACACCACCGUCUUCCACAUUGGGGAGGGAGGAACAUAUCGAACCAGGUGAAGAAAUGGAUGUUGAUCCUACUCCUUCUAGAGGGCCGACAGAGCCGGAACGCAGCAGUACCCCCAGGGCUAAUACUCCUCGUUCUCGCUCUACGCCAACUCCGUCUACUGUCGGUGAGAGACGAGAUCUCAAUAUAGAGCACGAUGACGGGAUUUUUGCUUCUCGUCAACCAGAGCAGUCCGAAGCACCCAACGCUAACACCGAUUCUGCACUUCCUCGUGUUGCAUAUCCUAGACAGUCGCUUUCGUACGUGACUGCAAGUCCACCAUCUUCAAGUAGCAAGGCUUGUGUAGUACCAAGCAGCCCCUCGACCCGAGAAUCAUUGGCACGAUCUACGCCUUCGGAAGCAGCGAGCACAUUCCCCGCCUUCCUGCGAAAGCCUAUUGGAGAUCCAGCUGAGGCCAUUCGCCUUGGUCGAGAAUUUAACAUGCCCCAACUCGUUAUCGCAGCAUUCUACAAGGUCGUUCUGGAUCGCAACUUCAAUCUCCAGAGCCUUUCUGAGGAUGCGGAUAGGAUGCAUGUCCUCCGAGCGAGACUCCACCUUCAGGAGGCUUGGUCCCAGUCUACCAGACUUCCCCCUCCGCCAUCGUGCGAGAUCGAGGAUGAUUGUGUCUGUGUUUCGCGUAAUGCUACUGCUGCAGUUGAGUGUGUGAAUUCGUUCAUGAUGUUUUGCAAGAGUCGAACGGGGAAGUACUGUGGGCCUUGCACAUCUUACACAAUUCCAGUUGGCAUAACAUGGGGUAUUGUGAACAGUGUGCGGAGGCAAUGUCCGGUUAUUUCCAAGCGAAGGCGAGGGAUGUCUUUGAGGAUCUUGCCAGCAUGCUUGUUUCACCCUGAACGGUAUUUAUUUUAAGUUGUUUUCAGAUCUUCCUUUCGCCGCUAUUUCUGGAUUGGUGUUUCUGCUGUUCGCAAUAUCUGAUUCGCUUUCGUUGUCUUGCUUUUGUACCCUGCUCCAAGCACCCUGUUGUAUUCAAAUGUUCGUUCAACUUUCGCAUUGUACUAGUAUUGCUUUUCUCGCUUCGUCUCCGGUUCUUAUCCUGUUACUCCGUUGCUCGAUGUCCAUUAACGCCAUACAGUACUGUUGGUAUCAUAUGGAUAGCAAGUUUUGUCUCCAUUAAAUGAAUUGCAGGAUAAAUUACAGCAAUAAUAUGUGCUAUCCACGACGGGUUUGCUCAUACA